UUGAAAGAAAGCUGCAGACGGGAGGAAUUGAAGAGCCGUCUUGCGCGUCCUGCCAAGCGCCAAUCAUAAUAAGCGGCUCUCUGUGCCGGUGCGACAAGGACAGCUAACGCCCUGCCCGGCAUUUCCAACGGUUUCGCGAACCCAGGCGAGCAAGUUGUCCUGUCCAAGACUCAACGGCCUCCCACUUGAGUCGUCAAUUGCUCCCUUGCCUCUGUCGAAACGUGUAUCCCAGUUCCUCCUUGAAUGAGAGGCCCAGUUCCGUGCCCCUCCUUCGCUUAGCGCGACGGCGCGCACCUCGCCCCUCCAUCGCGCUGCGGCCACAACAGCUCGACUCAGAAUCUCUGCCUUUUCCCUGUUACAACCCGACAAUGCUUCUUCGGAGCCCAUCGCGGGGUCUUGUCCUCGCGCUUGCUGCGCUGAUCAGCAUAUCUUCCGCUGAAGAACCGGACAAGACCCCCGCAACUGCCACGCCGGUGGUAACACCGUGCGUCGCAACCUCGACCAGCGGCGCAUUCUUCGAUCUGCGGCCCGACGCGGCAGUCGUUGUCGCAGAGGGAGAGAAGGUGCCGAAGGGCGUGCCUACGGAGGAUUAUGUGGCCAGGGGGUGGGAUUACGGGUAUAACUUUACACUCAACAUCUGCAACCCGGUCGUAAAGAAGGUGGAGGACAUUGUUGGAGUGGACAAGUCGUUAUGGAAGAACGUCAGCGCAUAUUACCAGACGAAGGGGAAGGUCUAUUCCUUGGGCCAAAGCUCAGGCGAGCUCGUCCCGAGGGGGCGUAAGCUCGUUCUCCAAUACAAAGGGGGCUCACCGUGCGAGGCCCCCGACAAGGGCAAAGACAAGCGCGCCAGCGUGCAUGAAGGCGCGAGGUACAAAUACCACGAGUACGAUGACGAGGACGAUAAAGACUGGGUGCCGCCACGCAGCCAUGAAGACGACGAUGAGGACGAUGACGACGACAGGAAGGACAAGGACAAACACGACGAAGAAAAAGAAAAGGAGAAGGAGAAGGAGAAGGAGAAGAACAAGGACGACAAACGCCGCAAAUCAGCAACCAUCUCGUUCCUCUGCGACCACGACCCAGACACUCCGACCGCCUUCUCCUUCGUCGGCACCGACCCAGAGGAGUGCGCCUACUUCUUCGAGGUCCGCUCGCAGCACGCGUGCGCAGGCGCGGAACCACACAAGCCGGGCAGCGUGGGGCCGGGGAGCGUCUUCGCCAUCAUCUUCUUCAUCGCGGUGCUGGUGUACGUGAUGGGCGGCGUCUUCUACCAGCGCACCGUCACGCACGCGCGCGGGUGGCGGCAGUUGCCCAACUACAGCCUGUGGGCGGGCAUUUGGAGCUUUGUCAAGGACCUGUUCAUCAUCCUGACGUCGUCAUGCGCCAGGAUGAUCCCGCGGCGGAGGGGCUACCACACAUUGUCGGGCUCCCCACGCGGGAGACGCAGGAGCCGGGACGACGAAAACAGGCUGAUUGACCAGCUUGACGAGGAAUGGGAUGAUGAAGGGUUGUGAAGCGUUUCUUGCUGGUACGAGCUACGUCUUCGUUUCAUAUUGUCUUACUUCUGAUAUUUCUUGGGGUUCUUUCUCGAUUCUCUGCUUUGUGACUUGUUGGUAUCACCUUUCAAACAGCAGAGCAGUGUGCUGUCAGCGGCCUGGGCUACUCAUGAGCCGGUGUUGAUCACUUCCGAUCAUGCUGCUGGGACCCGAUUCCCCGAGGUCAACAACGGCCAUACUACCAAGUUAAUUUCAACAUUGGAAUCAAUCGACGGGAAAAGAGAGAGCGAGGAAAUAACAAUGGAGCACAAUAAAGAAAGAGGAUUUAGAUGAACUGAAGAUACUGUGUCAGCAGCUGCAGCUGUCCGACUGACGGCAAUGGCGUAUACGAAUUAUUUUCGCCAGAGGGAGCCAGUAUGGGACCGGAUGACAUAUACAUCGUAGGAAAUGCGAUGAGUUAGAGAGCAA